AUCAACUUUUGCAAGUGCAAUCUGUCAUAUCAAUUCCCAUUUGUUUCCUCGAUUGGAGCCUAGGAUGGAAUCGAAAGGCGGGAAUCGUUUUCUCGCAGUUCUCUUGUUGAGCAUCACGACCACAGCUCUCUCUUUUCCUAAUCACCACACUGGCCUCACACCUUACUACUACAACUACGCUUGUCCUCAAGCUUUGCCGACCAUCAGGCAAGUCGUCAAGGCAGCGGUGAAGAAAGAGAGACGCAUGGGUGCUUCGUUACUGCGUCUGCACUUCCAUGACUGCUUCGUUAAUGGCUGUGAUGCUUCGGUACUUCUAGAUCCGACGCCCACCAUCGAUACCGAAAAGCUCGCCGGCGCAAACAACAAUUCUGCUAGAGGUUUCGAAGUGAUCGAUCAGAUCAAGGAGGAGGUCGACAAAGUUUGUGGCCGUGCGGUGGUCUCUUGCGCAGAUAUUUUGGCAGUUGCUGCUCGUGACUCCGUCGUUUUGCUGGGAGGGCCAUGGUGGAACGUAAGGCUUGGAAGAAGAGACUCGACCACCGCGAGCAGGACGACCGCCAACACGGACCUGCCGGCCCCGUUCAUGGACCUAAGCACACUAACUAGCUCGUUCCAAAAACAAGGCCUAGACGCCAAAGACCUGGUCGUUCUAUCUGGGGGACACACGCUUGGGUUUGCGCAAUGCUUUACCUUCAAGGAUCGGGCCCAUAACGAUUCGGACAUCCACCCUAAAUUCGCAAAGAAGCUCCAAUCCAUUUGCCCACGCGCCCAAUCCGAAAGCGACUCGAACCUCGCUAAGUUGGACCCGACGUCGACGCGCUUCGACACGUUGUACUACAAGAACUUGUUGAAGCAAAAGGGUCUCCUUCGAUCAGAUCAAGCACUCUUCGGUAGUGGCAACACCGAUGAGUUAGUGAGGACGUACAGCGACGACGCCACUGCAUUUUGGAAAGAUUUCGCGAAAUCGAUGGUCAAGAUGGGGAAUAUAAAGCCGUUAACCGGAAAUCUUGGUCAGGUUCGCAAUAAUUGUAGAAGGGUGAAUUAAAGUAUACGGAUCCAUAUAUAUGAUCCUAGUGUUCAUGCUCCUUAAGAAGUGUGAUUAUUUUGUGCGGAGUGCUAUGAAUUUUUUUUUUUUUUUUUUUUUUUUUGUUCUGAAAAGUGUUUGUCAUGGCUUUAGCUUCAAGCAAUGUCAAGAAGCUAUUGACCUCAACAGAAGCAACUUGUUGCAAUAGCAAAAUACGCAUAUUCCUUU